AGCAAACAAUAACUCACAGCAAAAAACACCAUUUGUAAAUCUUGAAAAAAUAAUAGUUACUAUUUGAGCACCAUGAGACAUCAAUUUGUUGUUGUUCUUCUCUUUGUUGUGUUUGUGGCUUCUAUGGCUACAAGAAAUCAACUUAUCCCAGGUACGUGGGUCCCCAUCAAGGACCUUAACGACCCACAUGUGACCGAACUUGCCAAUUUCGCCGUAACCGAACAUGACAAACAAACACAGUCGAAUCUAAAGUUUGAUAAGGUCAUAGGUGGUGAGACUAAGGUUGUUGGAGGGAUAAAAUACUGCCUCAACAUUACUACUACCGGUGGUAUAGAUUUUAACAAAUAUACUGUUACUGUUUUGGAGAAGGCAUUGCUACACUUUAGAAACCUCACUUACUUUGUGCCUAUUCGUGAUUAAAUCAUUCUUGGAUCUUAUAGCAUCAUUCACAUGUAUUCGUGCAAUAAAGUAAUAAAAAUGUUUAUUUUUCAUUAUAAUGAAUUGUGAAUCUAA